AUGACCGUAACGCAUAUUCAAGCUCUCAAUCUAUGUGAGCUAUUCUCACGUGCAGUACAACUUACACCAAAUCAUGUCGCCGUCGAACAUGAAGAAGCAACUCUCACAUAUCAGGAGCUGGACUCUGUGUCAGGUGCUCUUGCUUCACAUCUGGUGGAGCUAAAGGUUGGACCCACAUCCAAAGUGCCACUUCUGACCUCGCUGGGUGCAUGGAAUGUGGUUGCUAUACUUGGAAUUCUGAAAACAGGGGCGUGCUAUGUUCCACUGGAUCGGACCACUUGGUCAAGGGAUCGGAUCGACCAAGUUCUCAAAGUGAUUGACAGCAAAGUAAUCGUCAAUACAACAACGGAGUCAUUAAACAUGACUGACGGACACGAGGUACACCUCGGGGAUGCUACCUUGGUGCGAGCGCUACGAGCGCACAAAGUUUCAUUCUCAAGACAAGAACAGAUUGAAGAAGACGACCUGGCAUGUAUAAUAUUUACCAGCGGUAGCACGGGGAAACCAAAAGGUGUCAUGAUUCGGCAUUGUUCAGUGGCAAACUAUGCACAGACGAGUCCCUUCAACAUGGAUGUUGAGGCUGGCGACCGGGUUCUCCAUAUUCUUUCCGCAGCUUUCGAUGCGUCAACUGGUAUGCUUUUCUCCAUUCUGGGAAACUCGGGUACUGUCAUUCCGGCAUGUAUAGAUUCAUUGCACGAGAAGGCGACGACGUGCACAAUACUUGCGUCAACACCGUCCAUUCUCGCCACACUGCUCGUUCCCACGGCAACUUUGAAUCCGUACAAGCUGGUGCGGACAAUCCUCCUAGGCGGCGAAACGCCACCACAACAUUUACUAGCACCGUGGCUUGCACAGUCAGUCCGGAUACUGAAUGCAUAUGGUCCCACAGAAACCAUGUGUGCAUCGUUGAUGCAGGAAGUGGAAGUAUGCACACGCACAAAUUCCAUUCGCAAUGCCAUUAUUGGACGUGCCAUGGCGCACUGUCCGGCAUACCUGGUAGACCCAACUACAAUGGAAGCAAUCGAGGAUAGUGAUGAAGCGGAGGGAGAGAUCUUCAUCUCGGGUUGUGGACUUGCUCGUGGCUACUACAAUGACCCGGACAGGACAGCAGCGUCAUUUAUCCAGUGGAAUGGGGUACGCGUAUAUCGCACUGGUGAUUAUGCGCGCUGGACAAGAAGGAAUGAUGGGGCUCGCGUCAUGGAGUUUCGUGGACGCAGCGACCGUACUGUCAAGAAUCGUGGUUUCUUGGUGAACCUCGAGAACGAUGUGGAAAGACCAAUAGCGCAGAUGCAAGGACUAGGCGUGACAAAUGUAUGCGCAACCAUGGUGCAGGGCCAUCUGGCGGCGGUAGUGACGCCGCAAUGCGUCGACGUGACAUUGCUCCAUCAAAAGUUGCGUAGCACGCUGUCAGCCUUCCACGUACCGGACCACAUGGAAGCUGUGGAUGAGUUGCCACUGUCAGCGAACGGCAAAGUGGACCUGAAGGCGGUAGCGGCGAUGGUUGAAUUGCACCUGUCAAGUUCAGGUGGGCUUGAUGACAGUAGCAGUACGGAGGUGGGGGAGACGAAGGGGAACGUCAGUCGUGCUGCUAAGAUGGCUCAGUGCAUGAAAGAGGCGCUUGGGCUCAGUCAACAACACUGCCUAGAAGGAAGCUCCGACUUUUUCGAGCUAGGCGGCAAUUCACUCAAGGUGCUCAAGUUGUCGACGCUGUGUCGCAGCCAUGGCUUGAUGUUGAUGCCCAAGGACGUGUAUUUUGGGAAGACGCUGGCUGCUCUGGUUGCGCGUGCCACGUCUCUGGACGGCGAAAUUGGCGACAAUGGCAGGGUUGGACUGACGGGCGAAGAAGGGCAACAGCAACAACAAGAGCAAGCCGAUAUGCGUGUGAGUGUAGCGAAAGCCAUGGGCGUCGAGGUGGGUGAGAUUGAAGCUGUCGGACCACUGACGACGUUGCAACUGGAGCUCGUGUCGUCGACCAUGGCGUGCGAGGGCAAGAACACGGUCCAAGUGCGCCGUUUCUACGAGGCAAAGCAUGCGGCCAUGUUGCGCUCUGCAUGGCAUCGUGUGUGCGACAUUGAGCCGUUGUUUCGCACAGAGAUUGUUCUGCAUCUGCCGUGCGGGCCGGUACAAGUGCAGCGAUCACGUGCUUCACCGUGCAAGCAGCAGCUAGUGGAGCGUGUCUUCUGCGAGCGCCAGGCAUACGAGUGCGCAGUGUCGGCAGCCAGCCUCAGUGUUGGGCUUGGACAGCGCCUGGACAUGUUCAGCUAUCGGCCCCAGUCGCAUGCAGAUGCAGAUGCAGAUGCAGAUGCAGAUGCAGAUACAGAUGCCGAUGCCGAGACGACGUUGAUCUGGACCAUCCACCACGCACUCAUCGACGGCUUCUCCCAAGCACUCGUCUUUGCCCAGGCGGAACGGGCCGUGCGGGGCGAAGCGCUUGUGCCCAGUGCCUCCUUCAUCCAUGCCGCUGCGGUGCUUCGUCAACUCCACCAAGCCCGCGACGCCGACGCUCGCGCUUUUUGGACUUCUCAUCUCAAAGGCGUCACCCCUCGAACUCCGGGAGUGCGGCCCACAGGCCGUGGCCAACCCGCUUCCAUUGCCCCCAGCGUCCGCGCGACCGAACUCUUCUUCUCCCUGCCUGCGCCCGACGCUGCCCAUAUCGUGUCUUUUGCACGAGCCCAUCGCACCACAGUCGCCACGCUGCACUAUGUCGCAUGGGCGCUUGCUCACGCUUCGCUCUCCCAGAGCCCCACCGUCGUCGUCGGUGUUGUCGUGUCCGGCCGCGAGACACAACCCUACUUCCAACAUGUUGUUGGUCCCACCAUGGCGACACUUCCACUCGUCGUACGACUUGGCCAUGGCACCCCACCUCCGCUGCAACAGCUGCUCGACUCCACCAUGACCAGCCUUUUACACAUGGCCGAAUUUGCAUGGUCGACGCCUGACCAGAUCUCGCCUGACUGGCGAGUGAGCAAUGUCCUGGCCGAGCAGCAUGGCUUUUGUGCACACACUCAUCAAGUAGCCCAGCUGAGGCCCUCACAAGCCUUUGACAACACGGCUUUUCCACUCAACCUCCUAGCUGAUGGUGAUGCCACAUUUCGCAUCGUCUUCGACAUCAAGGUCCAUUCCAUCGCCGCUGUGAGUAGGCUGAGAGACGGCUUCAUGCGCGCACUACAAGCCCUUCUGCGUGAUGAUAUUGCGACAUGCUUGCCGAAUCCACAACAGAAAUUGGGACAGCCUGACAAGACCAUGUCAUCGCUACACAAUACACUGACACAAUUUGCCCGAGGGCCUCCACAGACGGUAAAAAUGGCCCUCGAACGCUCUGCCAUCGAGCACGCCGAUCUAGUGGCGCUCGAAAGCAUGACCGUUAAGCUCACAUAUGCUGAGCUCAACUGCCAAGCUGAAAUAGUCGCGCACCACAUACGCCAAUGUAUGCCUGGUGCCCGUGUCGUCGCCAUUCAUGCCGAUGGCUCUUUGAAUUGGAUCAUUGGCAUUUUCGCCAUUCUCAAAGCCGGCUGUGCCUACUGUCCCCUAGAUCCGGCCUAUCCUCUCCAACGUCGAGCUACAGUCUACAAACAGAGUAGUGCCGCAGGACUGCUGCUACCAUGUCGCGAUCAGGGGCACGAGAUUCCGGUACCGGGACGCGACCCAGUCAUAGUUGUCGAUGAUGUGCGUGCACAGGCUGUCCCCCAGGACAUGCAAUAUCCAACUUCGCUUCAUGAUGAUCAAAGUAAGCUCCAGCAAAGCGAGGCCCUUAUUGUCUUCACUUCAGGCACGACCGGCGAACCCAAAGGCGUCCCUAUCAGUAACCGGGGAUUGUUAGCUCUGCAGUCAAAUCGCGAAGCCACCAUGUUCAGUCAGCCUGGUCGGCGUAUUGCCCAAGUCAUGUCUCCUGCCUUUGACUAUUGUGCUAACGAGAUCUUGUCGGCUUUGCUGCACGGUGGGACUCUGGUUCUAAAAAACCCGAAUGAUUCCCUCGCACAUCUGAGUCGAGUCGAUGCUGCAACAUUCACCCCUUCUAUGAUGGCGGUGUUGGAUCCAGACCAGUACCCGAACCUGCGUAUCAUUUACGCAACGGGAGAGCCAGUCGCUCCAGGUUUAGUAGAUCUAUGGGCACCUGGAAGGUUGUUUUAUAAUGCAUACGGACCCGCUGAAUGUUCAAUCUGCACAUCUUUCACGCGCUUGACACCAGGAUCUGCUGUAACCAUAGGGCGUCCUAUUCGCACCGCGCGCAUGUAUCUGCUGGAUGACAACCUUGACCAAAUUGUCGAACCCGGCGUUGUGGGCGAAAUUUUUCUUGCGGGUAUACAGGUCAUGCCGGGCUACAUCAAUGCACCGCAAAAGUCCGCACGAUGCAUUCUACCAGAUCCCUGGCACAAGGGCGAGCGCAUGUACCGCACUGGCGACUAUGGUACAUAUACAGCGAACGGUUGCAUUACGUAUAUUGGUCGAGUCGACCGUCAAAUCAAGCUGCGUGGCUACCGCAUCGAGUUGGCCGCUAUCGAACAAAAGAUAUAUCAAUUGGACCCAAGCAUCAUGUUAGCGACGGUACUAGUUGCAAAUGAUACCUUGGUGGCUUUUGUAAAGCCUGCAGCAGUCAAUAUCGAAAGUCUUUCACAGCGAUUGAAGGAGAAUCUGCAGCCUACCUGGGUCCCGCACACCAUCAUUCCAAUUGACGACAUGCCUAUGACGGCAAAUGGUAAGGUCAACUCCAAGGCUCUUGAGGCCAUGGCUGUGGAUGCGAGAAAGCGAAGGGUCCCCAAUACCAAUGACAAGGGGAGUGUACUGGAAGACAAUAUACAACGACGUAUCGCACAAGAGUGGAAGGCAGUCUUGAACAUCGACAGAAACGAAGAGCCCUCUUCUUGUGAAGAUUUCUUAAGUCUUGGUGGCCAUUCUGUACUCCAGAUGCUGCUUGCCGUAAGACUUUCCAAGAUAUUCGGCGUCGCAAUAUCGACCAGUGAUGUGAUUCGAAGUCCCACGAUACGGGGCCAGGCAAGCAUUAUCCGGAGCAGAACCGGCAGUAAGUUGCAUGAAGUCCAGCCACUAGGCAAGAACGAACUUUCGCCGCUAGAGGUGCAAAUGUGGAGGUCACAUCACGCCGCUACAUCUGCAACAACAUUCAACAUACCGGUAUUACUGCAGCUUUCCGGCUCGUUUGAUCGAUGCAAGUUUAUCACCGCUCUGAACAAUGUUCUGAGAUCACGCGACAUAUUGCGCUCCAACUUCACCCCAUCGGAUUGUGGGCCGAUACGUACUUUGAGAUCUGUUCCCCCACGCGUUCUCGAAGUCAGAGUACUUGAUAUCUCUAGCGAGAUCAAUAUUCCUUUCGACCUAGCGCACGACGAAUUGAUCCGUGUCUUGUUUCAUCGUGAGAGCGAUACAUUACUGAUAGUCGCAAGUCACGCCAUUACUGACCUAAAUAGUAUUCAGAGCGUAUUGCGCGAGACAUCUUCUGUGUAUGCGACAAAUCUCUUACCAACCCCGCGCAUGCGCUAUCUUAAUGCCCCAGGCUGGUCACGUCCCGUUCAAACCAGUGAUAUGACAUUUUGGUCAAAGUACCUGAGCAAUACGCCUCCACGUUUGGACACAUUACUCAAACUUCCGGCCCCUUCACCCAAACAUGUCUUCGAAGGGACUUCUCGGUUCCAAACCUUCCAUGGCUCCCUCGUAAAAAAACUCACGAAGCUGCUUCCAGUCUACGGUAUCACUCACCACCAUCUCGCCAUUACAGUCGCCGCACAAGCACUCCAAUGGCUAACCGACACCAACGACGUCAUUCUCGGGUGUCCCUUCCAAAACCGCGUUGGCGACUUGGAACAAGAGUCCGUGGGUCUGUUCCUCGACCGUCUGCCAGUUCGCAUACAGACUCCAUCUCCGACAACGACCACGAAAGACUUGCUAAGAGCGACUCGCGACACCAGUCAGCAGGCUAUUGCCGCGGCUUUGCCAUUCCGUAAUAUCCUCUCAGCUUUGGGGAUAGAAGCGAACGAUCCAUUGUCUCCUUGCAGCCAUCCCAUCUUCCAAGCAAUGGUCACUUUUCAUCUCAAAGAUGCCGUCGAAUCAUGCUUGAAUAUUCCUGGAUGCGAUGUUCGUCGUCCACCACCCAUGGAAUGCUGGGCGAGCGGCAGUAAAUUCCUGUUGAUGUUUGAAUGGACGGAAAUAAGCGCCGAUACCUGGGUGCUCAGGAUAGAGUAUGAUUGUCACAGAAUUGAGCUGAAGAUGAUCCAGAAAUUGGAGCGCGCAGUUGAUAACAUCUUAUUAGGACUAUCCGAAGGCAAAACUAGAGAGAGUAUCUUUAAGAUGUUAUUGUAA